CUGUUCCGUGGAAAGGGGCGGAAGGAGGGGAGGAAAAAAAAAAGAAAAAGGGAACAGAAACAUGGCCGUCGGCGGUCUGGACGGCCGUGCGGCGGACAGCUCCUAGGCGCCCGGGCGCCCGCACGGCCGGCCUCGGUGGAGAAGAGGCGCCGCCGCGAGUCCGCGCUCCCGGCCGUUACCCGCGCAGCGCGGCGCCCCCCGAGACCCAGCCCGGAGGCGGCGCAGGCGCAGAGAGGACCGCGGCGGCCGCGAGAGCCAGUCCCCCGCCCGGCCCCGCCAAGGGCGCCCAGGCCGCGAAGCCGGUGCGUCCAUGCCCCAGGAAGGGGCCGUGCCCGGGUGGCGCUGAAGGAGCGGCGGCAGGAAAUAUAAUAGCAGCCAUGAUAGAAGACAAAGGGCCAAGAGUGACCGACUACUUUGUCGUGGCAGGUCUCACUGAUACAUCUACUCUAUUGGAUCAAGAAAUAAAUCGUUUAGAUACUAAGUCAACUGGACCUAAAGCUCCAAUUAUAGACAUUGCAGUUAUUAACAAAUCAGCUGGGGAAACAGUACCUGAAGGUUAUACUUGUGUUGAAGCCACUCCAUCAGCUCUCCAAGCAAACUUGAACUAUGGAAGUCUGAAAAGCCCAGAACUUUUCCUCUGUUAUAAAAGAGGAAGAGAUAAACCACCCCUUACCGACAUUGGAGUUCUAUAUGAAGGAAAAGAAAGGCUUAUUUCAGGAUGUGAAGUGAUCCAAGCCACACCCUAUGGUCGCUGUGCCAAUGUCAAUAAUAGUUCAACUACUUCACAAAGAAUCUUUAUCACUUAUCGAAGGGCUUCUCCAGUUCGGCCCCAGAAUUCCUUGGCUGUAACUGAUAUCUGUGUUAUUGUAACCAGUAAAGGAGAAACCCCUCCUCAUACUUUCUGCAAAGUUGACAAAAACUUAAAUUGUGGAAUGUGGGGUUCCAGUGUGUUUCUGUGUUAUAAGAAGUCUGUACCUGCUUCUAAUUCAAUAGCGUAUAAAGCUGGUUUAAUUUUUAGAUAUCCGGAAGAUGAUUAUGAGUCAUUUCCACUCUCAGAAUCUGUACCUCUCUUCUGCCUUCCUAUGGGAGCUACUAUUGAAUGUUGGGAUCCCCAAACCAAAUACCCACUUCCAGUUUUUUCAACUUUUGUCCUGACAGGUUCUUCUGCUGAAAAGGUAUAUGGAGCUGCCAUCCAGUUUUAUGAGCCUUACUCUUGGGAACUUCUAACAGAGAAACAGCUUAUGCAGCUGGGCCUAUUGACACCUGUGGAGAGAAAAAUGGUCUCCAAAUCCAUCAAUUCAAACAAAUGCAUUUGUUUACUCUCACACUGGCCUUUUUUUGAAGCUUUUAGAAAAUUUCUCAUGUUUAUCUACAAACUUUCUGUGUCUGGACCACAUCCUCUUCCCAUUGAAAAGCACAUUUCACAUUUUAUGCAAAAUAUUCCCUUUCCUUCACCACAAAGACCAAGAAUCCUUGUACAGCUAUCAGUCCAUGAUGCGCUAAUAUUAUCGCAGCCAGUUUCCACACCUUUACCAUUAAGUGGAGCCAACUUUAGCACCUUGUUAAUGAAUCUGGGUCCUGAGAAUUGUGCAACAUUGCUGCUCUUUGUUUUACUUGAGAGUAAGAUUCUGCUGCAUUCUCUGAGGCCAGCUGUGUUGACUGGAGUAGCUGAAGCUGUUGUAGCUAUGAUCUUUCCAUUUCAGUGGCAAUGCCCAUAUAUUCCCCUUUGUCCUCUCUCACUGGCGGCAGUGCUUAAUGCACCUGUACCAUUUAUAGUUGGAGUUGACUCAAGGUAUUUUGAUCUGCAUGACCCACCACAAGAUGUUGUUUGCAUUGACUUGGAUACAAACAUGUUAUAUAUAUCUGAUGAAAAGAAGAACAUGAACUGGAAGCAGCUUCCCAAAAAGCCAUGCAAAAAUUUACUUAGCACCUUGAAGAAAUUGUAUCCCCAGUUAUCUUCAGUUCACCAAAAAACUCAAGAAGGUUCAGCAAUUGAGAUGACUCCAAUUGAAGCAGAUUUCUCCUGGCAAAAAAAGAUGACUCAACUUGAGAUGGAAAUUCAAGAGGCAUUUUUGCGCUUUAUGGCAUCCAUUUUAAAAGGAUAUAGAGCAUAUCUCAAACCAAUAACAGAGGCUCCUUCAAAUAAAGCCACAGCUGUUGAUUCAUUGUUUGACCGACAGGGAUUUCUAAAAAGUCGAGAUCGUGCCUAUACAAAAUUCUACACCUUUUUAACCAAAACACAGAUUUUUAUUCGUUUCAUUGAAGAAUGUAGUUUUGUAAGUGAUAAAGAUACUGGAUUGGCAUUUUUUGAUGACUGCGUAGAAAAGUUGUUUCCUGAUAAGAGCACAGAGAAAACAGAUAAGAUUGAUUUUGAUUCAACAGAUGAUACCAAAUUGAUUGAGCUAGAUGAUUCACAAAAAAGUGAGCACACUGUAUUUAUAAUGCCACCAGAGCCACCUCCUGAUGAUGCAAAGGACCUGUCACCAAAGUACAGUUACAAAUACUUUCCAAGACUGGACCUUAAACUUUUUGACAGACCACAGGAAUUGAAACUUUGUUUUAGUAGACACCCUACUGGGAAUAGCAUUACAAACAGUCCAGCUCUCAUGGCUAAGAGAAGUAAACAGGAGAUAAAAACAGCUCAUAAGUUGGCGAAGAGAUGUUAUACAAAUCCACCACAAUGGGCCAAGUGUCUCUUCAGUCAUUGUUUCAGUUUGUGGUUUAUUUGUCUCCCAGCCUAUGUUAGAGUUUCUCAUCCUAAGGUCAGAGCACUUCAGCAGGCCUAUGAUGUACUUAUUAAGAUGAGGAAAACAGACGUGGAUCCACUAGAUGAGGUGUGCUAUCGAGUAGUAAUGCAGCUUUGUGGACUUUGGGGCCAUCCUGUUUUAGCAGUCAGAGUCUUAUUUGAAAUGAAAACUGCUAACAUAAAGCCAAAUGCUAUUACUUAUGGUUAUUAUAAUAAGGUAGUUUUGGAGAGCCCGUGGCCUAGCAGUACCCGCAGUGGUAUCUUCUUAUGGACGAAGGUACGGAAUGUGGUACAUGGCUUGGCACAAUUUAGGCAGCCGCUUAAAAAAUCCGUACAAAAGUCACAGGUCUCCUCAAUAUCAGCUCCUCAGAAUGCCACAGGUGGAAGUGAUGGGGACACGGUGAGCCACGGUAGCGUGGAUAGUUCUAAUGAUGCUAACAAUGGGGAGCACACAGUCUUCGUCAGAGAUUUAAUCAGUCUUGAUUCCAUUGAUAAUCACUCUAGCACAGGUGGUCAGUCUGACCAAGGCUAUGGGUCUAAGGAUGAACUUAUAAAGGAUGAUGCAGAAAUUCAUGUGGCUGAAGAACAAUUAGCAAGAGAAUUGAUAACCAAAACAAAAGUGCAAAUAGAAGAGGUGUGUGAUGUCUCUGCUGUGGUGGCAAAACAUUCACAAGUUAGUGGAGAGCCACACAGUCCAACUGAGCCUCCUGCGUGGGGCAGCAGUAUUGUGAAAGUUCCAUCUGGUAUAUUUGAUGUCAACGGCAGGAAAAGCAGCACUGGUAGUACAUCAAAUAUGCUAUUUUCUACUCUGGAUCCAAUUGAAGAUACAGUCUUUGGUGAAGUUACUAAUCUCAAGAAUGGUGAUAGAGGAGAAAAGAGACAAAAGCAUUUUCCAGAGAGGAGCUGUAGUUUUAGUUCUGAAAGUCGGGCAGGAAUGUUGCUAAAGAAGAGCAGUUUGGAUCUGAAUUCAAGUGAAGUAGCUAUCAUGAUGGGAGCAGAUGCCAAGAUUCUCACAGCAGCACUGACGUAUCCGAAGACUUCUCCACUUCAUAUUGCAAAACCCCAUAGCUUGGGGAGUGUUGGCUGUCAUCUAGCUGAUACUAGGACUCGUGGGCCUGAAAGCACUUGGGAUUCUGAGCACAGAUCUUCAGUGUUAGAGAUGCUUGAGGAAAGCCAAGAGCUCCUAGAACCUGUGAUUGAUGACAGUGUAGUUACAACUGCUAUAACAAAGGAUACACAUGACAGUCUACAAAAUGAUAGUGACAGUAAUCAGUCCAGAGACUUAAAAGCAGAGCCCAAAGAUCUAAUAAAUAAAAGAAGUAGUUUAUAUGGUGUUGCUAAAGCUGUUGAGAGGGAAGAUGUUGAAACUGGACUAGAUCCUUUGUCUCUUUUAGCCACUGAAUUUAUAGUAGAGAAAACUGAUUCUGAAGAUAAGUUGUUUUCUCCAGUUAUUGCACGUAAUCUGGCUGAUGAAAUCGAAAACUAUAUGAACCUAAAGAGUCCCCUGGGUAGCAAGUCUUCUAGUAUGGAAUUACACGGAGAGGGAAACAGAGAGUCUGGAACUACCACUGCAUUUAUUCACCCUUUAGAGAGGAGAUCAAGCCUACCUUUAGAUCAUGAUCCACCAGUGCAGGAAAAGCCUGAAAGUGAAAAGAGCUCCCUCGCAGUGUCUAGAUCUAAAACUUUUACUGGGCGUUUCAAGCAGCAGACUCCCUCUCGAGGUCAUAAAGAACGUCCAACUUCUUUAUCAGCACUGGUGCGUUCUUCACCACAUGGCUCAUUGGGUUCUGUGGUAAAUUCUUUGUCAGGACUAAAGCUGGAUAAUAUACUCUCAGGGCCCAAGAUAGAUGUCAUAAAAUCGGGUAUGAAACAAGCAGCGACAGUAGCCAGUAAGAUGUUGGUAGCUGUAGCGACUGCCUACAGCUACUCAGAUGAUGAGGAGGAAACUAAUAAUAAUAAAGAUUACAGCUUCCCAGCUGGCCUUGAAGACCAUGUUUUGGAGGAGAAUAUGUCACCUAACACAAGUAUCUCAGCAUUGGUCCCCAGUGAACUUACCCAGAGUAACACAAGCCUUGGCAGCAGCAGCAGCAGUGGAGAUAUAGGAAAAUCCCAUUACUCAGCAGGAGAACUUCUACUUCCAAGAGGCAUAAAAGGGCAGGACUUUGAAAAAUCAGAUCAUGGUUCUUCUCAAAACACCAGCAUGUCUAGCAUCUUUCAGAAUUGUGCAAUGGAGGUUUUGAUGUCAAGUUGUUCACAGUGCAGAGCUUGUGGGGCCUUAGUUUAUGACGAAGAAAUUAUGGCUGGAUGGACAGCAGAUGAUUCAAAUUUGAAUACAACUUGCCCGUUCUGUAAAAGCAACUUCUUGCCUCUUCUCAAUAUAGAGUUUAAAGACUUCAGAGGCUCUGCAAGCUUUUUCCUGAAACCAAGUACCUCUGGUGACAGUUUACAAAGUGGCAGCAUUCCACUGGCAAGUGAACCUUUGGAGCACAAACCUGUAUCCAGUUCAGCAGAACCUGACUUGAUCAACUUGAUGGAUUUCCGGAAACAUAACCAGACCAUAACUGAAGAAACAAGCACUGCAGUUGAAUCAAGUGAUGAAAUAAAGAAUGCCAGUGGAGAUGUUCAAACUAUGGAAAUUUCACCUGUGCCUAAUAGUUUAUCAAAGCGGAAUGUAUCUUUGACUCGAAGUCACAGUGUUGGAGGUCCAUUGCAAAAUAUUGACAUUUCCCAGCGACCAUUUCAUGGCAUUUCAACAGUUAGUCUUCCAAACAGUCUGCAGGAAGUUGUGGAUCCUUUGGGAAAAAGACCCAAUCCUCCCCCCCUUUCUGUGCCCUACUUGAGUCCUCUAGUGCUUCGUAAAGAACUUGAAUCUUUGCUAGAAAAUGAAGGCGAUCACGUGAUCCACACAUCCUCUUUCAUCAAUCAACAUCCGAUCAUUUUCUGGAACCUUGUAUGGUAUUUCAGACGUUUGGACCUUCCUAGUAACUUGCCAGGACUUAUCCUCACAUCUGAACAUUGUAAUGAAGGUAUACAGCUUCCUCUAUCAUCUCUGUCCCAGGAUAGCAAACUUGUGUACAUUCAACUGUUAUGGGAUAAUAUCAACCUUCAUCAGGAACCAGAAGAGCCUCUGUAUGUCUCAUGGAGGAAUUUUAAUUCUGAAAAGAAGUCAUCUGUCCUGUCAGAGGAACAACAAGCAACAAGCACUUUAGUAGAAACCAUCAGGCAGAGUAUUCAACGUAAUGAUGUUCUUCAACCCAUCAACCUGCUUUCACAGCAAAUGAAGCCAGACAAGAAAAGACAAAGGAGUUUAUACAGAGAAAUCCUCUUCUUAUCAUUAGUGUCUCUUGGAAGAGAGAAUAUUGAUAUUGAGGCUUUUGAUAAUGAAUAUGGACUUGCAUACAAUAGCCUAUCUUCAGAAAUCCUUGAAAAGUUGCAGAAAAUUGACGUUCCACCAAGUGUCAGUGUGGAAUGGUGCAGGAAGUGUUUUGGAGCACCUCUCAUUUAAACUACAUUUCAGACACACAAAGCUGGGGGAAUAGACUCAGUCUGGAAACUUUCAAGGUUUGUUCUGAAUGCUAAGAAUUGGUGAAAACCGAAAUGAUCUCUUGGGACAACAUAUGAAACGUAACAUACCAAAUCACCUAGAAAUGAAACAACACCAUUAAAAUGCCCCAGGAUUUAUUUAUGUUGAAAAUUUCUAACUUCUGAAUGGUUUAUCUGCCUCUUCUGAAAACUGUUUGGAUUUCUUAAUGUUUGCAAUAGUUUGAUAAUGAGAAACCGCAUUCAUCAUUGGCAUUGUUUAUAUUUGAAGCUAAUUGGGUUUGGGGAAUGACAAAUUAAACUUGCCUAACCCCAAUACAAAUGAAAUAUCUCUUAAGAGCAACUCUAUGUGUGUGUAUAUAUGUGGCUGUGUAGGUAUGUGUAUAUACAGCCAUAUUAUAUUUAUUAAAAUUUAUAGAUUAUGUAUUGAAGUUUUCUGAAAGGGGUCUAAGUGACUACUACUAAAUUCAUCUGUAGUCAUUAAUCUCAAAAUUAACUGCAAAGUCUGAUGACAACUGCCUUGACUUUAAAUUUAAUAUAUAUCUUUACCCUUCAUAUUUUAUUUUCCUUAAUGGAUUUUAUCUUGAACAUCCAGUCACUUCCAUCUACUUCCCACUAGCAUGUUAAUAUACAGCAGCUUUAUAAUUGAAUAAUACAUGAGUCAGUUUAAAUGACAUUAAAUUGGCUUCAUAUUUCACAAAAUUGGAACAUGCCUAAAAUGCCUGUAUAUAUAUAUAUAUAUAGUCUUUGGACCUGAAAUGGUUCAGGCACAGUAAAUGGUUGCUAUUGGUCACUUUUUAAAACCUGUGGGAUAAACUUGCACUGCAGUUUUAUUCUUGUAUAAUAUAUAGAUUUGUAUGCUUGUGCAUUUGUAAAUAGUUUUUUUAGGAUAAAUCAAUUAAGUCUUAAUACUUUAAAGCUAUUGAGCUUGUUUGCCAGAUUUAAGAAAAUCAUGACCUCACAUGCCUGACAAUUUUGCCUUUUGUUAAAAGCCCUUAGGAACAGUAAGAUUGCCUUAACUCUCUGCGUGGUGUAAAACACCAGUGGUUGUGUUUUAUAGUAAUUAUACAUGACUAAAUCACUGGUACAAAUUAUUUACUGGUAGUUAACAGCACAAAUCUCCUACCUGGUAUAAUCUUUUACAUGUUGUUGUUGUACCAAUCUUUCAUCGUUUAGGGUUAACCUGACCUUUGCAGAAUUCUUGUUUCAGUUUAUUGUGAAAGAACUUCUCAGAAAUUAUGUACAAUUCUCUUUACCUUAAAAAUGGAUCUUUUGCACUAACUCAGAGUAUAUAUUUUUGCAACUAAGACUUGGUACUAGUUUUUAAUACUUAACACUUAUUAUCCCAACAGAAAGUUUGUAAUUACUCUUGUAUAUAAAAAAGAUGGAGAUUGAAUGAAAGGAAAAAUUGUCACCUUUUUAAGCCUCCAGAAAUGUACACAAUUUGAACCUUUGUGACCUUUAGAAUUCCAAAAUUAUCUAUUUCUCUGUAGCCUGAAACUAAAUUACCACUAAACAAAGAAAAAAUCUGUAAUGAAUAUCUCCUUACACAGUUAAGAGUAUUUAAAUUUUCUAAUAACUUUUUGUAACAUUCUAAGUAAUAGCCAUUAUAUAUUGGAAACUUGAGUCUGCUGAAAUAGAAGUGGAUUUAUUUUAAAGGCUUUUUCUAGCACCUACCACAGAAAGGGUACCACUAAAAGCUUAUAAAAAAAAUCUCAUUUGAAUUAUCUAUAGUUUUAACACUGUAUGAAACGUAUCCUCCUGUUAACUUCUGAAAGCGGUCUUUCAAAUUAGUCCAGAUUAUUUUAAAAUGUUAACACGUUAAGCGCCAAGCCUGUUUUGUCUUCCUUUCCAUUUAGCCUGCAAUAUCUGGUUUCACCGAUAUGCUGGCAGCACCAGUAACUGACCUGUCUGGACUAAAAGUAUAGUGGGCUCAACGUGUUAAAACUAUUUUUGGAUUUGGUAAUCUAACUUUAGCUGCAUUUUGUAAAUUGAUUAUAGCAUCCUGCAUGGUUAAUAAUGAGCAUAAAUCUCCCAUUAAAUCUGGGAUAUUAAAUUGUUGCCUUUUUUCAUUUUUGGUACAUAAUACAAGAUUGAAGAUGUUUGUUAUCUCAGUAACUCUUGAAAUCUUAAAUCUGCCAGAACUCAUGAGCUAAAAUAGUGUAGGCAAGCCAUGUGUCCGCUUUAGAGAAUGCACUUAAAAUCAGCAAUGUGAUUCAUGGUUUGUGUAUUAGGGUCAAUCAUGUACGUACUGGUUAACACAGACCUAUACACCAGACUUGCCUUUUGGCCUUGUUAUCCCCACUGUAUGUCCUUUUUGUUAUCUUUAAAAAUGCUACAUUUUCCCUUUUAAUUUCUAUAGUCAAUUGCCAAUUAAGACUUUUCAUGUCAUAUAACUAAUACCAUGUAUUAAGAGCAAUGGGGAUCUCUUACUGUUAUCUAAGAAUCUUGUUUUUCACAGAAUGAUCCAGGAACUGGCAUUGGUCGCACACGGGAACUUAUCUGUGUAAAAACUACUUCAAAAUUUUACAAACUGUGGUUAAACUAUACUUCAGCAAAUGAGCCUCUUCUUCAUCCUUAAAGCCUAAUGUGCCUUUUUAAGAUCCUUCUACCCUGUAAAGGAUAGUUUUGACUGUAAUUACCAGAGAUUAGAUAUGGUACAUUAGAAAAAGUGUACUACUUUCCCUUUGUGCAUCCUUUAUUGAUGCAAGUUUUUAAUCUUAAAACAGACAUAGUCAACUCCUUUUCAGAGUGAAAUAGAAAACAUGAAUAAUUCACUGGAGUUGAAAGCUUUCUGUUAAUGUAGUACAUUUGCACUGGUUUUAAAAGCUUUGUGAACUUUUGCAAAAUGGUAUCCACUAUGGUUUUAACAAGUAAUCUUUUUCAUCACAUAUGACAAAUGUCCAUCUUCACAAGGGCACUUUUCAUGUAUUGUGCGUAGAUGUUUAAGAAAAACUGUAUUCCUAAAAAUAAAGUGUAUAAAAGAUUAA